GAGGAGGAGGAGGAGACGCCGGAGACGGUCGUGAUCCGUUCGAGUCGCGCUACCGAACCUGCCGUCCACCGUCCGUCAUGCCAGCGUGACGAGCGUGUUCGUCGACGAUCGUCCUGGCGAGCGAAUACUGGCGGCUGAGGGGGGGAGGGAGGGCCGGGAUGCGUGGUGCGUACUGCGUACCUCGAAGCGCGGGAGGACAAACGGCGUCGGACUCGGUCGGAGUCGGAGGUGGAGAUGGAGGAGGAGAGCGAGAGGAGAGGAUAUUGACAAACAAUCCGGUGGCGAUUGCGUGCGGCGGUCGCGCGACUGCUCGUGUUCCGUGUUCCGUUCACGGCGGUCCACUUCCGCUCGUUCCUCUUCCGCCAUGCGCCAUCGACGUUCAGGAAACGCGAAACAAAAUUCCUCUCGCCUCCCUCCUUCAACUGUUGUACAAUCUCGACGACUGUCGACGACUUGCAUCCUGCAACUGCCUGCAAGGGGAUUGUGGAUUAAAUAAAUAAUUGACGUUUCUCUUUUCCUCUUUAUUUUUCAGGCAUCAGCUCUGCCACUUGGCAGAAUGUUCUUUGUAGCUGAACUUUCUGCACUUUUUAUCUUUCCUUCUCUCUCUUUCGCACCGUCUAACCUAUACCUGCCUGUACAUCUAUUUCACUUUGAGCGCAAAAAGGGUAACAGCAAAAGGCAAAAGAUAUCGGAGUUGGAGGUUGGAGACAUUGGAGUCGGAAAAUAAUCCACUCGCAGAGUGCAGCUCGCUGUUCGCCAGUGCCAGUGCUCGCCCUGCUCGGCGCGCGUUUCGCUACGUUCUUUCUCUCUCUCACGUCUCUCGUUGCGUUUUUGCGAUAGAGUCAGGUUACGGUCUCUCGACCCGCUUAAAUGUGAUCGCGAGAGGGAAAGUUUCUUGCCGUUCUUCUGCCGUGUUACUUGGACGCGGACAAUCGACAUGGAUGUUCCAGAUGGUAUAGACAAAUCAUGGGAUCAUCCGUGGACCACCGAAGAGAUGAGGAAGAAGAGGAGAGAGUGGAGUCUAGCGGGUGAUGCCGGACUUCUCAAACAUCUUCAACAAUUUUCCGAAAACCUGGUGUCCAAAGCUAACAAGACUCAAGCUGUUCUGGAUACAUUAACGACGCAAUUAAAAGAAACCGGGAUACUGGUGGAUAAUGUUACUAACACAUCUUUGGCUUUGGCCAAUACCCAAUUUAUUGAAAGCCGUGUGCAGGAAGAUGAUAUAGAGAUUAAAAAGAGUUCUGAGGAAAAGCAGGAAAAUGCGAAGACUCAGGAUUCGGCACCGGAGAAUCUCUUGGCUAGCAUAAGCGAGAGCGUUAAACAAGGUUUAAACAUAAUGGAUGAAAAGUACAAAGUAAUGGACGUGGCUUGCAGCGACAGUGAGGAAGAAGAUGAGGGUGAUGCGGUGGUAUUCAGUGUUAUUGUGGGACCCAAUGAUCCAUAUCAAGAUCGGCCUUUGCCGUACGUUAUCGGCUCCGAUAAGUGGGUAGCUUCGAAUAAGAUAGGUUUGGAGAGCAGCAGCAGCGAAUCCGAACAAGCCGAUGAAGAGAGGGAGGAAUCGGAAAGUGAGAAGGAGGACGCGGAUACGCGAAAGGUGUUUAACAGCCGACAUAAUCCGGAGAUAAAUAUAGCGAGAUUGUCGUCCUCCUCCAGCGAUUCGGAUAACUAUAAUGAUCACAGCAAUAACAUAUCUUAUGGGAAUAAUAAGGCGGAUAUUUUAUCUCAGAAUAAUAUAAAUUCUGCUUCGGAGUCUGCCACACCUAACAAUGUAUCAAAGGCGUCGAAUGAAACGACGCCUAAUUUUGCAGAAGAGUUAGCCAAACGAUUAGGCACCGUUCGCCAAGCGCAGAAACCUGCUGCUGUGGAUGAAACCAGUGAAUCGUCGAUUAAUCGACUUAAAGAUGAUCUGUUUGCGUCCGAGAAGGAUGAGGAUGUGUUCAACGGUUCUGAUAAUUUGUUUAGUGAUAAAAAGGGUCUCUUCGAGGAUCAGGUGUCUGCAAAUUUGUGGAAGGAGAAGCCGAUCAAAUCUUACAAGAAUAGUAAUAUUAUACCGGCCAGUAUAGACGUGCCGCCGCCGAUUAGCAUAGUUUCGACAAAGCCAAAGUCAGCGAUCGACGAUCUAUUCGCCGAUGCCGAUUCAGAGGAAGACUCGGAUGACAUCUUUUCGUCGAAGAAUGUCGUUAAAAAACGCACGAAAGAACCUCCCGCGAGCGAUAACGCCCAUCCCGCGAAUGUGGACAACGUGCCGAAGAGAUUCUUGGACGUUAUAACUACCAACAUCGCCACGGGUAACGUCGCUACGAGCACACCAGAAUCCAACGUCAACGCCACAAGCCUGUUCAGCGACGACGAGAACGAUGAUGCAGAUCUGUUCGGCAACUCCAAGAAGCAAUCUCACACACCUGCGAGUGUGCCAUCGUCUAUAAAUACGACUCAGGAACCAAGUAAAAAGAAACCUGUUGGAGGCGAGUGGAUACUCGGCAACGUUUUGACGUCGGACAUCGAGAGCAAACUGUCCAGCCGGAUAAUGCAACGACGACAAGAGUCGUCUGAAUCUGACAGUGACGCGCCAGGAAAUUUUGAUAGCGCGACGAGAAGCAACAUUGAGUCAACGUCCGCAGUCACGAAUCGCAGUUCGCAGAAUCCCGCGGAUAAUAUAUCUACAAUCGGGACCGCCACCAACAGCAGCGGGAUAUCGAUGCAGCCGCCGAGCAUUGAUAACACUGGAUCCGGUUUGUGGGUGAACUUCCAGCCGGCGAUGUCCUCGACGAGGCUCAAGUCCGAGGAUAUCUAUCGCGAGCGUGUUACCAGUGAUAGUCUGUUCGCGGCGCGAACGCAUCAUCCCGCCAACGUCAAUUCAGCGAACGCUAACAGUGACAACCAGCAACAGCAACAGCAGCAGCAGCAACAGCAACAGCAAUCGGGACAGGAGCCACAGGAUAUUUCGUCGGUGUUGUUACAGGACGACGUAUUCGAUAACGACGACCUGUUCGGACCGCCGCCGUUGCCCAGCAAAUCGGACUCGAAGCGAGCGGGCAAGUCGAAAGUCUCGUCGCUCUUCGACGACUCCGAUUCUGGCGACGAACUCUUCUCCGCCGCGAGCUCCGGCUCCAGAUCGCAGAAGAGUACGGAUUUCCACGCCACGGCGUCCUCGAGCGACCGGACAAAGCCAGCUCCGAAAAGUGGCGGUUUGUUCGACGACGACGUGAAUAUAUUCGGCGGCAAGGACGCCCCGGACGUCGAUAUAUUUGGGGUAUCGAAACCGAGCUCGAGGGACGCGGCCCCGAAUGACCUGGACUCGGCAGCGCCGAAGAGCAACAAAGAUAAUUCACAAAACACGAGGAUGGAACCAAAGAAGAUCAGCUUGUUUGACGACGAUGACGAUGAUGGCGACCUAUUUGGCGCGAAGCCGAUGAAAUCAAAGAACGAACGUAAGAUUGAUCUCUUCGAAGAUGAGGAUGAUUUGUUUCUGUCGGCUAAGACCUCGAUAGAGAAAGAUGCAGCAGUGGAACCAAAGACCGACGUCUCCAAGAACGUCUCUAGUCUCGAAACGGAAAAGAAGGACAGAAACGAUCCUCCAGAUUAUUUAGACGGACUAUUUUCGAAAACUACGAGACCCCGCAGUCUUCUGUUUGAGGACGAUGAUUACGAUGAUCUUUUCGGUAAGAAGGAUACAUCGUCGCACGAAGGCGACCGACUGAAAUCCAAAGAAGAAGUCAGGAAAGACAUUGCUGAGCAGGCCCAGAAACUUCCUGAAGAAAAUGAAAGCCCGUUAGAGUCAUCAAGUUUAAAUCGUAACGUUAAAACAACCGCGGAGUCAAGCGAUUCCUCGGCAAGAAACGACGUGCAUGAAGAAAAGAAUGAAGCUGAAGUCAAGGAAAUGCCUUCCAACGUCGAGGAAGACGGCACAGUGAAAAAGAAUUCUCCGCCAAAAACCCUGAGCAUCCGGACGAUCUCACCACCGUCCGAGGAACAUGGCAAUCAACAGGUACCCCGACGAUUGGUGUCCGGCAAGAUAAAGAACCUAAUGGGGAAGAUGGGUGACUUAAAGAUACUCUCGCCAAUGGAUGCACCGCCGUUGUGGAGGAAAAGCGAGGAUAAGACGGACGAGGACGAAGACGUCGUUGACCGGGACAACGGAGAUCUGAGCAUCAGUGGUCACGUUUCACCUCCGAGUGUAUCAGAAGAUAGCGCGCGGAAGGAAUCCUCUUACUCGACAAUUUCCACUGCUAGCAACGCGGAAGCGGCCAUAAAUUUCGAUGAUUUGGCUCAAGUAGAAACGUUAUCCACUACCGCGUCCAAGAGCCGAGUGAGGAUCCAAGCGAAACGCCGCCCUCAAAGCCGACACGCCCGGAAAUCCGCGCUGCGGCACAGCGGUAUCGACUUCGACACGGUUGACAACGCGGACAACGAUAAUUCUCAAGAAGAGAGUCACACUAGCACCUACUCAUCCAGCAAAGACCCAUCUGCCGCUCCGGCGAUCAGCUCUUCCGAUCGCUUAACUGCCAAUGAUAAUGUUCAGCGCUCGACGGCCGAUCCUUCUUCCUUGGACGACAGGUCCGAGCUGGGUAGCAUCAGCAAAGAGAGCUCGAUGAGCGUAAACAAGAAUACUCUUCUGUCGCCGUCCACCGACGAGGAGGACUUGUUCGAUGUACCACCAGAUUUACCGGAAGAUCCGCAGAAGGAAGAUGCAUUAUUUGGAAGGGCACCGAUACUCUCACCGAUCGACGGUGGGCAAUCUGACAGAACGCCCGUUGCUGUCGAACCUUUAAUAGAUACCGCGAUCAGAAAGGUCGACAACAUUGGUACUGAUGUAAACGCGACGAACAACGAAAGUGAUAAACAAAAUUUUAGCGAAUUGGCGCGAUCGGACGUCGAUACCAACUCAGAUACGUCGAAGAGUACCAAAAAGAGAGAUGAUAAGCAUAAGGAAGUGGUUGAUGAGCGAGGUGAGGUGAGAAGAGCGUCCAGCGAAGAGCCGAGUGAUCCUCUGCGCGACAGCACCCACGAUCCACUGAAGGAUCCUAGUCAGUUGUUCGCGUUUGUCACGAAAACACCAUCGCCAGAGAAAAGUAAGGGAUUGCUAUUUUCUGAGCCGGAUGACAGUCUCUUCUCCAGCAGCUCGGCGAAGAAGCCGAACGAGCCGAAAAAGGAGAUCUUAGAUUUGUUCGCGGACGAUGACAUGGGCGGCGAUUUAUUUUCCGCGGCGCCGUUGAAGAGAACGGUGAAAAAGCCGUUGCGGGACACGAAAAUCGGUCUCUUUGGCGACGACGACGAUGCGCAGAACGGCGAGGACGACAGUCUCUUCGGCAGCUCGUCCAGCAAAGCGAAGGUGGACAGUCAACCAUCAAAUCCUGCUUCAGCCGGUCGAAAAAAGAACAUUUUCGACGACGACGAAGACGACGAUUCCAGUUUGUUCGUCGAAUCGUCUGGCCAUUCGCAAAAAUCGGAUAGCGCAUCGUUCUCGGAACCUAAGCACGAAUCUCAAGUCGACUCUCAAGCCAAGAGCUCGAAUUUGAAAGAUAUCUUUGGCAACGCGCCGUGCGACGACGAUGACGACGACGUUGAUCUUUUUGCCACGAAAAAAGUUGUUCCUAAGAAAAUCGUCGCGUCGUCUAAGUCCCUGUUCGCGUCGGACGACGACGACGACGAUGACGGCCAUAUCUUCGGCAAGCAGCCACCCACGUCGACGGAGUCGAAAGCGAGAACGACGACGAUCGCGCCGAGUUCAAGAACGGUCGUGAAGAAACCGGUCACCAGGGACCUGAAGAAAACGGCCGAGAAGAUCGUCGAGGACCCGCUGAGUCUCCUUCAAGACGAUUAACUCAGUUUCCUUGAGAUAAGUAUCCGUAAGAUUUUCUGUUAGCCACACGCUCAGCUACAAAAGUUUAUGCGCGUCUAGGAAAGCGAGGAAGAUAUUGAAUGAAGUACAAAAAUGAAGAAGCUUGCCCUUUUUUCUGCCAUUUCUUCAAAGAACUGUUCACCACGAUUGUACGUGUGCGAAUGCAUGUGUGAUUAAAAUUAAUUAAUUUAACACGCUAAUAUGCAAUCACUCAAUUUUCUCAACAUGACAUAAUAUUCAAUUUUCAUAUCAGACUUGUUGACGGGCAUGUGUAAUGUUAAAUAAUUUACACACUUUUAAAAUGUCUUACAAUUAGUCUUUUUAUAUUGUUUAUUUUCGCUCUGAGAUAUUGUAAAAUGUAUGCGUGUGUAGAAUGUUUCAAUGCACUGAAUAGACUUUUGUAGCUGAGGCGUAUAUAUACAUACAUAUACAUAUAUAUAUUUUUUAUUUAUAUUUUGUUAGCUCACAAAAUAUGUUGCCCGUAUAAUAUAAAACGUGUUAUAUAUGUUGGUAAAACGGGUAGCGUGCAAUUCGCGGAGCGACGGCGAAUAUUAUUUCUAGCUUAUAUUUAUUAUAUCGCGAGACGGAUCUGUGGAUUAUCUGUUUCUGUACGCGUGCCACAUUAGAGAGAAUAUGUCUUGUCUUAUUCGUUGACGAAGUUGCAAUAGAGGAAUAUUCAUCUUCUCCUCUUUCUUUUUUAGCAUUUAUUCGAAAUACAACGAACGUAUAAUUAGUUUACGGCGGUAUCGAGAGAUUUUAAAGAGUAUCGUUGUGGAAGUCGCACUUCACUCGUGCAAUAAAUGUAUAUUUUCUGUACUAUCCGCCUUGUUCAUCCUGCGUGUAAAUUCAUCUCGCCCUCCUGUGAUUUACGUCAUGUAUAUAUUAUUCUGAUGAGUCAUACGCGUUAGUAAAAUAAAAUUUAUUCGAUGACAA